AUGGGUUUUUCAGAGGGAGACCACGAGGCAGAGAGCCGGUCUCAGCCCACAGUGUCAAGGGUGCCUGCAGUCACCAUAGCUUGUCGCUGUCACGCUGACCCUGACCACCUGACUGAGGUUGUGUCGGCCAGGCGUCCCCUCUGUACACUUGCACCUGUCUGCAUGCUGCACUCUUUGGAGGGAAGUUGCUAUGCACAGCCCACACUUAAGGGUGAGUGGUUAUGCUCUACUUCCUGGAGGGUGGAGUGUUUACAUAAAUUAUUUGGAACUCUUCUGAACAGGAAAAUUGUUCUCCUCCAUUUAAAUAUGAUAGCAUAUUUAUUCAGUAUGCUAUCUUUAUCAGUAUGGAACCAAGGAUGCUCAGUUUUUACUUUGGGUUUUGAUAUAGUGACUAUUUGCUCCACAUUUGGCCAUUGGGAAGUCUUCCAGUUGGCUCCUAGGUCUCUUUGA